UGGAUUAAUGCUUUAAAAAUCACAACUUGGGGGGGCAGAUAAGACAUUCCAACGAAAGUCAAAAGAAAGGUUAAAGUUACAAAAUGAGUCUCCAUUAUAAAAUAACAAAUGGCAUGAAAUGACAAACACAAUAAAACAUAACACAGUGAAUCCUGGGAUAGUUAGCCAAAUUGCUCAUAGAAAACUCAGACCUUCUUUCAAACAUAUAAAAUUAAAUCCCCAUUUUCUGUUGGCGACCAACCAAGUAGAUGUAGACAGCCUCUUCUUUACCAUUAAUAGGUAAAUAUAGUUUCCCUAAGUCCAUCUUCAAUUUGUCUCUUAAUCCUUCUUGUUCUUAAUCCUACAUUUUCUUUGUGCCUGGUGCCAAUGGAAAUUCAGUUCCAACAACAAAAGCAGCAGCAACUGCAUCAAAAAUCAAGCAUUCCUGUUAGCAAAGGGAGCAAAUUCAAGGGAAGAAAUAAUAAAAGCAACAAUAAGGUUAACAAGUUUGUUGGUGUGAGGCAAAGGCCUUCUGGUAGAUGGGUAGCUGAGAUCAAAGACACAACACAAAAGAUCAGGAUGUGGCUUGGCACCUUUGAGACUGCUGAAGAAGCUGCUAGAGCUUAUGAUGAAGCUGCUUGCCUUCUCCGCGGAUCCAAUACUCGAACAAACUUCAUUACUCGGGUGUCCUUGGAUUCUCCUCUUGCUUCUCGGAUUCGAAAUCUACUUAACAGCAAAAAAGGAGUUGAACAACAAAGUGAUCUAGUCUCAACCCCCACAACAAGUACCAUCACCACAAGUACUUUUAGCCCCUGCUCCAGCAGUAGUAUUAGCAGUAGUAGUUGCAACAGUAGUGGAGGCUUAAGCAAUGAAAGUUCUCCUAUUGGAAUGGUUCAAGAUACUCAAUUGUUUGCUGAUGCAUAUAAACCUGAUAUGAGCAACUGCACAAGGGAAUUUGGGUUUGCUUCUUCUCAUCAAUCGGAUUUUUCUUAUACCUCUCAACCAGGGUUUGAUAGGUUUCUUUAUACACAAGAAAUCAUGAAUUUACCAAAGAAUGUUCUUUUCCCUGAGGAAACAGGCUCUGAUUUAACAGAAUUCCAAAGGAUGAAAGUUGAGAGGUCAAUAUCAGCUUCACUUUAUGCAAUGAAUGGAGUUCAAGAGUAUAUGGAAACUGUCCAUGAUUCUGCUGAAGCCUUGUGGGAUCUUCCACCAUUAUGCUCUUUGUUCUGUUAAGUGAUAGAUAUGAUUUUCAUUUGAUCUUUAUUUCCAUUUCUCCUUAUAAUUAAAAUCAAGAGAGUAGAUGAUUAGGUUUUGUUGCAAGUUAUUGCAAGGUUACAAGGGCAAAAAAUAGCCAGAGAUAAGAGACGAUUUCCAUUUUGUAAAAUGUCAACAUUAAAAAAAAAAUAAUAGAAAAAACCACAUUGAGAUGUCACACUAUUCCUUUGGAUGGUCUUCUCCAUCUCUCAAUACAAAGUCCAAGCAAUCAUACUGAUUUAAAAAUGCCUCUAUCCCUCAUCUUUCUAAAUUCUCUCAUUCUAUAUGUCUCUUUCUCUAUCUGUGGAAUUAUACAUAUAUCUAAGUGUCUGCACUGAUACAUAUAUCUAAAUUUUCGUUAGGAACAUGCAUAUAUGAUCAACCAAGGACAAGGUUCAAAAAGUUCUUAUUUGUUCCCUUGAUUUAAAGUCUUUCCUUUUCUAUGCAAAAGGGAACCCUGAUUUUGCAAUUAGAUUCUCAAGUAGACUUUUGUUGCCUAGCGAUUGAUGUGCGUCCUUAAAGAAGUUUGGGGUCUUCGGUUCGAGUCAGCCUGUAUAAGCAGAAGAUUAAAAAGACAGUAGAUGGUGAUGGUGUUUUCUAUUUUGUAUA